AUGGAGUCGGUACCUGCUGGGCGAGACUCGAGCCCUCCGACCUCCAAACAAGAACUUUCGUACCCCAACGCCAACUUGAAGCCCAACCAGGUCAGCGAGACGGUCCUGUACGGAAUACCCAUCGUGUCGCUGGUGAUAGACGGCCAAGAGAGGCUUUGCCUCGCGCAGAUCUCCAACACACUCCUGAAGAACUACAGCUACAACGAGAUACACAACAGGCGCGUGGCGCUGGGGAUCACGUGCGUGCAGUGCACCCCCGUGCAGCUGGAGAUCCUGAGGCGCGCGGGCGCCAUGCCCAUUUCCUCCCGGCGCUGCGGGAUGAUAACCAAGCGAGAGGCCGACAGACUCUGCAAGUCGUUUCUGGGGGCCCACGCGCCGCCGAAACUUCCGGAAAACUUCGCCUUCGACGUGUCCCACGAGUGCGCGUGGGGGAGUCGCGGCAGCUUCAUCCCAGCCAGGUACAACAGCUCCAGGGCCAAGUGCAUCAAGUGCUCCUACUGCAACAUGUACUUUUCGCCCAACAAGUUCAUAUUCCACUCGCACCGCACGCCCGAGUCCAAGUACACGCAGCCGGACGCGGCCAACUUCAACUCGUGGAGGCGCCACCUCAGACUCACCGACAAAAACGCCGCCGACGACGUGACGCACGCGUGGGAGGACGUAAAGGCCAUGUUCAACGGCGGGAGCCGCAAAAGGACGCUGCCGGUGAGCGGGUCGGGAUCUCACUCGUCGUUGAAGCCGCAGGGGCCCGGCGUGUCCGGGGACUCGCCCGAGGCUCCCCCCAAGAUCAUCCGCUGCGAAGAAAACCGGGUGGGUCUGAACAUAACCAACACCCGCAGCUACCCCGUCAUCCCCGUGCCCAGCAAGAGCUUCGGCAUGCUGCAGAAGAUCCCGCCGCCGCUCUUCCCGCAUCCCUACGGAUUCCCGGCCUUUGGCCUGUGUCAGAAGAAGGAGGACAGCGUGAUGGGAGAGCAGAGCAAGCCCAGCCUGUCCAGCGUCCUCUGGCCGGGCACCAAGGACAGCGCAUAUCACUCCUUCCCCAUGUUCUGGCCCGCAGCGGGCACUUUACCCAUGCCGCCUUACCACCAGCCUCAGCCCAAACCCCCCUCGGAGCUUUUAUGCCCGCCCAGGCCAAUGGAUCUGGACCUUUCCGAGCACAGCGACCGCAGCACGGACGCGUCGAAGGACAGCGCGGCCGACAGCGAGCGAUGCUCCAGCACCCAGUCCACCCGCAACGAGGAGGACAAGUCGGGGGACGAGGCGAGGCCGGUGGAGAGCGUGACCCCGACGCACCGGAAGAUCAGCUACGUGUCCGCCUUCAGGCCCGUCAUCAAGGACGCGGACAGCAUCGCCAAGUUGUACGGCAGCAGGAGCGCGUUCGGCGGGUCCCGCACGGGCUACCUGUCGCCCGACUUCCUGAGCGAGAGCUCCAGCUACCGGUCCGCGUCCCCGUGCGUGGACAGCGAGGCCGAGCCCGACGUGGACGUCGAGACGAAUAAGUCGCCGGACGACGAGGACCCGCGGCCCAUGUCGAUGUCGUCGGCGUGUCCCCGGACCCCGCACGGCCAGGGCGUCGAGUCCGCGGCCGUGCCGGACGACGCCCAGAGGUUGAACUUGCAGGUGGCGACGUCGUUGGAAGGAGAGCUACAAGGCAAGCAGCUGCCCGAGACACACGUACUGCUCGCACCGGCGUUUGCAGACGUGUACGCCCCGGAGAGGACCAGUCCCUAUCACUUCAGACCUGCCCAGUAUCCGCAGCCAAACGAUGACGGCGCCAGUAAAGAGGAGCCGUCUUCCACGGUGGAGGAGAUAGAGACGAAACCCCACGAGGAGCAAAGAGACGACGACCACCAGCGCGAGGCGGAGGAGACGCACGCGCCCCGCGCUCGAGCUCUAUUGGCGCAGAAAACCGCAGAAGCCCUGGCGAAAGAAGAGCUGCAGAAACAGCUGCUGGAGCAGGUGGAGCUGCGGAAGAAGCUGGAGCGGGAGUUUCAGAACCUGAAAGAUAAUUUUGAAGACCAGAUGAAAAGGGAGCUUUCCUACAGGGAGGAGAUGGUUCAGCAGCUUCAUAUUGUCAGAGAAGCUCACGACGCAUUACACCACUUCUCGUGCAAGAUGCUAACACCGCGCCACUGUACCGGAAGCUGUUCCUUUAAAUCUCCUCUACUGCCGCCCUAA